UUCAGUGUUUUUCUGCUCACCAACAGGCACUGAGAUUCACCUUUCUGCUCUGAGAGAAAACUGGACUAAAUCACAACUCACACUGAGAAGAGAAAGAUACUGCCUUUACAACUACAGGAGGAUAUACUGUCAAUUACAGAGACUUUAACUCACUGCUGACCAAAUCGGAAUACGUUUUAAACACUUUCACCCCAAAUUAAACUUUGGACUUUAGUUCCCGAGGAGAGUGUGACUGGGUGAGAAAAUGGCGUCCAGCUCGUCUCUCCCAGAGGAGGAUCUCUCCUGUCCUGUGUGCUGUGACAUCUUUAAAGAUCCUGUCCUCCUGUCAUGUAGCCACAGCUUCUGUAAAACCUGUCUGCAGGAAUACUGGAAGGAAAAGAAAGAAAGAGUUUGUCCAGUUUGCAGAAGAAAAUCAUCAAAGGAUUCCCCUCCCCUCAGCCUGGCUCUGAAGAACCUGUGUGAGUCCUUCUUACAGGAGAGACGUCAGAGAGCUUCAGCAGGGUCUGAGGUGCUCUGCAGUCUGCACAGUGAGAAACUCAAGCUCUACUGUCUGGAUGAUAAACAGCCAGUGUGUUUGGUGUGUCGGGACUCUAAACUACACUCCAACCACAGAUUCAGUCCCAUAGAUGAAGCUGCACAGGAUUACAAGGAGGAACUCCAGCCUGCUCUGAAGUCCUUACAGGAGAAGCUGAAGAUCUUUAAGAAAGUUAAACAAACCUGUAAUCAAACAGCAAAUCACAUUAAGAUCCAGACCCAGCACACAGAGAGGCAGAUUAAGGAGGAGUUUAAGAAGCUUCACCAGUUUCUACAAGAAGAAGAGGAGGCCAGGAUAGCUGCACUGAGGAAGGAGGAGAAGCAGAAGAGUCAGAUGAUGAAGGAGAAGAUUGAGGGUCUGAACAGAGAGAUAUCAACACUUUCACACACAAUCAGAGCCAUAGAGGAGGAGCUGAGAGCUGAAGACAUCUCAUUCCUGCAGAACUACAAGGACACAGUGAAACGAGCUCAGUCCACUCUGCCGAAGCCACAGCUGGUCUCAGGAGCGCUGAUAGACGUGGCCAAACACCUGGGAAACUUUACCUUCCGAGUCUGGGAGAAGAUGCAGGACAUUGUCACAUACACUCCUGUGACUCUGGACCCCAACACUGCCCACCCACACCUCAUCCUGUCUGAGGAUCUGACCAGUGUGAGACUCAGUCAGGAGAGACAGCAGCUUCCUGACAACCCAGAGAGGAUUGAUGACUAUAGAUCGGUCCUGGGCUCUGAGGGCUUUAUCUCAGGGACACACAGCUGGGAUGUUGAGGUUGGAGACAGUACACUCUGGGAACUGGGUGUGGUGGUCCAGAGGAAGGAACGCAUAAAGGAUGGACGCUGGGGAUUCAGGUUCUUUGUUGGUAAAUACAUGGUAGUAACCUCAUCAGGUCCAGACACUGAUCUCACAGUGAGACAGAAACCCCAGAGGAUCAGAGUGCAGCUGGACUGGGACAGAGGAAAGUUGUCAUUCUCUGACCCUGAUAGAAACACACACCUACACACAUUCACACACACCUUCACGGAGAGAGUGUUUCCAUACAUUGUUAAUUGCUGCACCCUCCACCCUCUGAGGAUCUUACCAGUGAAGGCCUCUGUAACAGUAGAACAGCACAGUCAUUAGAGCUGGUUCCACCUCUAUCUGGAACAGUAGAACACCACAUUGGGUGUGUUUACAACCUUCCUGUCAUGAAGGAAAACAACCUCUAACAUGAGCAUCCAGGUACAAAGAACAAAGAUCAACAGUUCCUAAUGAAUUAGUUUGGUGUUUUCAUGUAUUACAGUGUUUGAAUCAGAAGUCACUUAACCUUGCAGAACGAUAUAUAUAUAACGCCUGUUUAUGCUGUAAUGUCCAUUUACUCGAUGACAAAAGCAUUUUGUAUUUUUUUCUACAAAUAUUUGCCAAAUCAAAUGCUUACAGACUGUACUUAAUUGUGAUACAUGUGUACUGUUGAACAUGAAUUUUAUCUGUACUAAGCUUUGGUUUCUUUGUGAGCUCAUAACAAAUUAUAAUCUAUUAAAUUAUGUGAUAGUUUACACUGUUGUUCAUUUA